AGAACUACCGGUUCCGGCGCGCCUCGCGGCCGACCCGGGGCUGUGACCCGCCGCUGGCCGAGGGAGAGGCUUCGGCAGGAAGGCGGCAGAGGGGCCCGGUCACUCAGCCGCAGCGAUGAGCUCGGCCAGGGAGUCUCAGGGCCACCACGGCCUCAAGCGAGCGGCCUCCCCCGAUGGCUCCAGUAGCUGGGAAGCGGCGGACCUCGGCAACGAGGAGCGGAAGCAGAAGUUCCUGCGGCUGAUGGGCGCUGGGAAGAAAGAACAUACUGGCCGCCUUGUUAUCGGAGACCACAGAUCAACCUCUCACUUCAGGACAGGGGAAGAAGACAAGAAAAUGAACGAAGAAUUGGAGUCUCAGUACCAACAAAGCAUGGACAGCACGAUGUCUGGACGAAACCGGCGCCAUUGCGGACUUGGUUUCAGUGAGUUUCAGGAAAGUGAAGACCAAGACGACGUUGCUGGACACUCCUCUGAAGAGAGUUCAGAGGACUCUGAAAGUGGCUCUGAGUCAGAGCAAGAGGAGUCUGCAGAGGAGCUACAAGCUGCUGAAAAACAUGAUGAAGCUGAGGUUCCAGAAAACAAAAAAGAGGCAAAAAGCAACUAUAAAAUGAUGUUUGUUAAAGCCAGUGGUUCAUAACUGCAGAUGUAACAGCUUUGUAUUUAAAGUACAGUAAGCCUUAUUGUUACCGUGCAAAGUGGAGGACUGCUACAGCACAAAUCUUUGUAUUAUGAUUUUAAAAAGACCCCGUUAGAUGACAAAAAGUAGUAUUUGCUUUCCGUUGCCAUGGAUAACAUUUUUAUGGGCACAGUGGUAUUACUGGUUUUUGUAAAGUGUAUAAAAUUCUGGAUGGAAAAAUAAAUUCUUUUUGUUCUUGCCCAAUCUCUAGAAUGUUAUCUAAACUAUCCCUCCCCUUGUUCCAUGCCAGAUAAGGAAACUUCAUGUUAGUUGGUUUCUUUAGUUAGUACCCCAGUCUUGAAUUUUUAACUAUUAAGAUUACAUGUGAAUUACUGGAUGUUGCAUUAGUUGUGAAAUACCAAUAGCAGCACUAUUCUGUGAUGUACUAGAGCUUUAAACAAUGAUUUUUGUCUAUAGAUGCUAGUGUUGACAGGGCUAAGAGGAGAAAUCACUCAUUUUUGUGACAGUAUUAAUCACUGUAGCCAGCUGAAGUCCUACAGCAGUUGCACAGGAGAAGAUGGUUUAGAAACAUGUAACACAGCAGAAGGCUCCACUUCCUUCUUUGGCUUUAUGAGGGAGAUAAGCUGUAGUUCUUUGUACCUUUCAGCAGAAAAGAGUGAUUUUUUGAAUUACUGGCUCCUGGUUAUAGCACUGAGCUGUUAUUAAAAAUAACUCCUCCCGAAGAAACCAGUUUACUUUGAAAGAGAAAAUAUACUUUGAUAAUGAAAAGGAUAUACAAAUCAUUUAGCUUUUUUAAAUAUAGAAUACAGAGUUAAGUAUGCAAGCCCUUCUUCCUUUUCUCCCCAUACAUGCAUCACUUGGAGGUCUAAGUCAAUUAUCACAAAAAGGUUGUACCUCUCAAGUAAAGUCAAUACGCUUAAAGUGUCAGGAGUUCCAGUAACUCCUUCCAGCAAGAAUUCAGCACAUCCAUGCCUCUGCAAAUUUAUUGUAUUCAAGUAAUUACCAAAAUAUCAGAACUUUUUAGACUUUGUUUCCUCUUACUACGUCAGACAGAUCAACUGCCUCUCCUUGCUGGGAGAACAGAACCUCUGACCUGUAUCUCUAGUACAGCCUCAUUCUGCCACAACGGUGUUUCAAGAAACACUCCAGAUGCUUGUGGAGAAUCUUCCCUUUCUGCGUACAAUUUAUGACAGGCAGAUGUUUGCAAGCCAGUUGGCUUAGGUGAAAGCAGCAGUAUGUACUAUCAUUGUAUAGGGUUAUUGAAUGUAAACAUUGCAGCAGCAGUUAUUGGGGGAGGACUUGGAAUAAGUUACCUUAUGGAAAAAAUAAAAGUAAUAUGAUUGUAAAUAAAA